AUGGACCCUUUCAGGAGAAGAUUAAAUUCAAGGAAAGCAAUCUUCCCUCAAGUCCUUCCUUACUUUAUUCUCAUUUUCAUCAUUUUGGUUUUAGCCAUCAUCAAAGAUGGAUUACACAACGAAAAAUUCAAUUCCCAUUUAUCCAAAUUGGAGAAUCAGUCUUCAGCUGGUUCUAGCCACCUGACCAAAGCAGUUCAUUACUACAACACAGUUUUCCAGCGUUUGAUGGCUGAAGGUUUCUUGUUACCAAGCUCUAAAGCUUUAUGCAUUGAAAGUAUAAGUGGUCAUGAUGUAAUGGCUCUAAGGAACAUUGGAGUCAUUGAUGCAUUUGGGAUUUCUGAGGCAGCACUCAGAGCCUCAGAACAUGGCUUAAACCAUGAUCCCUUUCAUAACAAUACCUUUGAUUUCGAGUUUUUUGGCUAUAGCAGUUGGUUUGAUUGGUCGGUCCAUCCUUCAGAAACAAUUGCUCAGAUUUGCAGGACACUGAAAGUAGGAGGAUAUUUGGUUGUUCACAUUGCUGUUAAUGAUGAGUAUACUUACAACUCUUUCAUUAACUUGUUUACCUGUUUCACGUUAAAGGCUUCGCGCGACAUCAAAUUCAAGGAGUUUGCACUCCCUUCUUUGCAUGAAUUUGUUCUGAAGAAAGCAAACAAGCAUUCUAGCCCUAGCCAGUUGGAAUCAUCAGAUAAGUGCAAGGUCCCAAAGUACAAAAGAGACCUGAUCAACGAUCUUGAGCCAUUGGUGAUGGAAGAGCCACAAGACUCUUGGUCUUGGGAUGGUCUGGGGAAAAACGCAGACGGUAUCCAGUACCUUUCUUCCAUGGUUGAUUUAAGAUAUAAGGAGAGGCACAUCUAUGUGGAUCUUGGAGCCAGAAACUACGAUUCAAGUAUCGGGAGUUGGUUCGAAAAGCAAUAUCCAAAGCAGAACAAGACUUUUGAAGUCUAUGCAUUUGAGGCUGAUAAGUCUUUUUAUGGAGAGUACGAAGGAAAGAAAGGGGUGAAGCUGAUGCCUUAUGCUGCAUGGGUGAGGAAUGAGACCUUGUCGUUUGAAAUCGACCGAGAACCCGAUAAUGUAGGGCUGCAAUGGGCAGAGAUGGGCAGGAUUCAACCGAAGCAGUUAUCAACUGAGGACAGGGAGAACAUAGACAAGGUGUAUAAGGUUGAGGCUUUGGAUCUUGCUGAUUGGCUGAUAAGAACUUUUUCAAAGAGGGAUUUUGUGGUAAUGAAAAUGGAUAUUGAGGGUUCCGAAUUUGAUUUGAUGAAUAGAUUGGUAGAAAGUGGUGCUUUUUGUUUGAUUGAUGAGUUGUUCUUGGAAUGCCAUUAUGAUCGUUGGAUCAAAUGCUGUUCUGGUGAGAAGACCAAUAGGCACAAGAGGUCAUAUGCUCAAUGCAUGAAUUUGUAUGCCAAACUCAGAAAAGAUGGAUGCUUCGUGCACCAAUGGUGGUAA